UCACCACUUCAAAAAAAAAAAAAAAAAAAAAACCAAAAACCAAAAACCCCACCAUUUUUCCAUCAUUAAUGCUGGCAACCUCACUUGGAACAACCCAAACCCAAAACUUUACAUGUAAAACCAUCAAAACAACCGUUCUUUUCCAGAAAGAAAUGGAGAAGAACAAGAUCAAGACAAUAAUACUCAACACCUGGCUUGUACUUCUCCCUCUCCUUCUCCUCCUCACUCACACAGUAGCUUUCAAUGUUGGCGUCGGUGUCGGCGUUGGGGUCAACGUCGGCAGCAGUGGCGGCGGCGGAGGAGGAGGCGUUUGGAUCGGCGGCGGUGGCGGAGGAGGAGGAGGAGCCACCAAUGGGAAAGCACCAUCUGGUUCUUCAGAGCUAGAAAACGCUUACACUGCUUUACAGGCAUGGAAAUCCGCCAUAACUGAAGACCCAUCGGGGAUUCUCAAAACAUGGGUCGGCUCCGACGUCUGCUCCUACAGAGGGGUGUUCUGCGCGGAUCCCGAGGCCCAAAUGGGGGCCCCACCGAACCCCGUCGUCGCCGGAAUUGAUCUCAACCAUGCAAACCUCAAAGGCACUCUCGUCCCCCAACUCUCUCUCCUCUCCGACAUCUCUCUCCUCCACCUCAACUCCAACAACUUCUCCGGCACACUCCCCGAUACCUUCAAAUACCUCUCGUCGCUUCUCGAGCUCGAUCUCAGCAACAACCAGUUCUCAGGUCCAUUUCCAAAUGUCGUUCUCGAAAUCCCGAAUCUCAUUUACUUAGACUUGAGAUUCAACGGUUUUUCCGGUCCGAUUCCCGACGAACUCUUCAUCAGAAAACUCGACGCGAUCUUUCUGAACAACAAUCAGUUUCAAGGGGAGCUUCCGCAGAGUCUGGGGAACUCGCAGGCUUCGGUUAUCAACUUGGCGAACAACAAGUUCAGCGGAGAUAUUCCCAUUAGUUUCGGGUUCAUGGGAGGGUCUAAACUUAAGGAGAUUUUGUUUCUCAACAAUCAGUUGACUGGUUGUAUCCCACAAGGUGUUGGCAUUUUUACUGAUAUUCAAGUUCUGGAUUUGAGCUCGAAUUCUCUGUUGGGUCAUAUUCCGGACACAAUAUCUUGUCUCCAAGAGAUUGAGGUUCUAAACUUGGCUCACAACAAGCUUUCCGGGGUUUUGCCGGACCUUGUUUGUGAUCUCAGGAGCUUGGUGAAUUUGAGUGUUGCGUAUAAUUUCUUUUCUGGGUUUAGCCAGGAAUGUGGCAAGCUGUUUUACCGGAAUGUGGGGUUUGAUUUCUCUCUGAAUUGCAUUCCCGGGAAGGAUAUGCAGAGGCCGCAACCGGAAUGCUCGAUUAUUCCCGGUGGUAGCUUGAAUUGUCUGAGGAUUCCGGCCGCCAAGCCUCUUGUUUGUGGGGCAGUGUCAAUAGGUCUGGACAAGGUUUCUUCAAGCUCGCCAUCACCAUGAGAAAGAUUUUUUUCUUUUUCUUUUUGUUUUUUAAGAAAAGAAAAAAAAAAUAGGUGGGUGAAUCAUGAAUGGUUGUGGUAUUGAUUAUAAGCAAUUAUGAUUUAGGGCUACUUCCCAAUUAAUUUCUUUAUGGAAUAUGAAGGGAUCAUCAAGAGUACCUAAAAGCUCAUUUGUCCUUUGUAUGGAACUGAUAUGAUUUUAUCUCCGGAGGCGGAGACCUAAGCAAGGUUUUUUUUUUUUUUUUUUAUUUGGUUGUUGCUCGUAUUCAGGUGAAAUACUUAAAUCACAUUAUUGACUACUAAAUGUUGCAACUUUUUGUAUGAGAAUGUGAUAAUGUGAUGUGACUCUCAGUGUCACAUGUCGACCGAUCCAGGGUUGUAUAAUAUGUUUUAUAUGGAUCUUUCUCUUGCGACAACAGAAUUAUUAUG